AUGGACCCUAGACCUUUACCGCCUGGAUUUAUUUCUGAAUUUGAUCCCAACACGCAACGUUAUUAUUAUAUUGAUAAGAGUACAGGAAACUCUCAAUGGAAUCACCCACUUGACAUGAAACCACCUUUACAACCAAUGAUAGAACAAACUUCAAGUCAAUAUCCUCAACAAUUCCCAUCACCUAUUAAUCAACAAGGUCAUUAUCCGCUUGGGUUUACAGAUACAAGUCUUCUUCCUUCAUCUGACCAACGAUCAACAUCGUCAUUCCCACAACCCCCAUAUCCGCAACCUACAUCAUCCAAUUAUCCACCACCUUAUCCACAACCCGGGCCUGAACUUUACCCUCAAUCACGUCAGUCAAAUUAUCCUCCUUACGGUGAAGCUCAAACUUAUGUAGGUGGUCCGUCUCGUUCACAUGAUAAUCAUGGACCGGAGGAUAAAGGAAUAGGUAAAGUAUUAUUAGGUGCAGGAGGAGGUAAAGUAUUAUUAGGUGCGGGAGGAGGUUUGCUAGCCGGAAAAUAUGCCAAAAAGAAAUUCAAAAAGAAAUUUAAAGGAUGGAAGGGGGGUAAAGGUUGGAAGGGUAAGGGUGGUUGGAAAGGUUGGAAAUAG